AUGUCGCAACAAGUCUCUGCUAAGAAGCAGCAGGAGCUGCAGGCGCAGUACUCCGGUUACAAAGAAACCCUUCAAGCCAUUGCACAGAAGAUUGGCGAUGUUGAGACUGAAGCCGAAGAGCACAAGCUUGUGCUAGAGACACUCGAACCACUGCCCGGUGAUCGCAAGUGCUUCCGUAUGAUUAACGGAGUUCUUGUGGAACGCACUGUGCAAGACGUGUUGCCGCAGCUCAAGACCAACGCAGAUGGCCUCAAGAAGGUUCUCGAAGAUCUGCUAAAACAGUACACUACAAAGCAAGAAGAACUUGAGAAGUGGAAGCGUCAAAACAAGAUCCAAGUCGUCACACAAUGA